AAAAAUGAUUAUUCACUCAGUUACUUACCGAUUGUGAAGGUUAGAAUACGUCAACAUGGUUAAGGCUCGCAAAUACGUUGUGAAAAAACUUUUUGAAGGGGUUCCCAAGAUUGAAGAUUUUGAUAUUGUGGAAUACGAUCUUCCGCCCUUACAAAAUGGAGAAAUACUUGUUAAAACCCAAUGGGUGAGUGUUGAUCCAUACCAAAGAGCGUAUAAUAGCAGAUAUCCGAAACCAUACGAUCAAUUUGGUUUCAAUGUGGGAGAAGUGGAAGACACCAGGAACCCUCGUUUCCCCAUUGGCACGAAGGUUGUUACACACAGUGGUUGGUGUAAUUACUGCGUUGUUAGUCCUAAUGAAUCCAAAACAAUGUUUGACGUUGUCUACAAACUACCCGAUUUAAAAGGUUUGUCCCCGUCAGUUGGUAUUGGGGCAGCCGGAAUGGUUGGAAUAACAGCAUAUUUUGGGUUCCUUGAAAUAUGUCAACCCAAAGCUGGAGAAACUGUGGUUGUGACUGGUGCAGCUGGCGCAGUUGGUUCCAUUGUGGGACAAAUUGCUAAAAUUAAAGGAUGCAAGGUUAUCGGAUUUGCGGGAACAGAUGAUAAAGUCGCAUGGCUCCAGAAUGAGUUAGGAUUUGAUAAAGCGUAUAAUUACAAGACUUGUAAUCUUAAUGAAGUACUUAAAGUUGCUGCUCCAAACGGUGUGGACUGUUACUUCGAUAAUGUUGGUGGGGAAAUGAGCAGCACAAUCAUAAGCCACAUGAAUAAUUUCGGCAGAGUGUCUGUAUGCGGUAGUAUUAGUGCUUAUAAUGACGAUCAUUCCCAGUUACCAAGGGCUCCCAUCUUACAAUUCGACAUUGUUAUGAAGCAAUUGAAAAUUGAAGGAUUUUUGGUUCACCGUUGGCUUAACCGUUGGCCAGAAGCAAUUGAGGAACUUUGUAAAUGGGUUUUCGAAGGAAAAAUAAAGACAAAGGAAACUAUUACUGAAGGGUUCGACAACAUAUUCAAUGCGUUUAUUGGAAUGUUAGCUGGUGAUAAUACCGGCAAGGCAGUAGUCAAGCUGUAAACACGAUAUUGUAUAGUUUCUACGGUAUAACAUUUCAUAUUAACGAAUAAAAUGAGUUAU